AUGACCUUCUCGUCGUCUCCUGUCCUAUAUCCUGCAAGCUCGUCUCCUCCACCGCUUCCCGCCUUGAAGAAGAAGCGAAGACUGUUUCAAUCAUUCCCAACGGCGCCAGAGCCAAAGAGAGCUAGGAUAGUAGGAGGGUUCUUGGAGGAUAGCGAGGAUGAAGAGAACCCGGAAGACCGAGAUAAAACGAAGCGUCUUGAUCAGCUGCAAGCACCACCAGCCAGAGAGCCAACUUUGCCCACGAUCCCGGAGAACCUCGACAAUAUAGUUGGUACAAAGAACAACACCGAACAAGCACACCAGCAGGUUCCAUCCAGUCUGAGGCUUCCACCUCUACCACGGCCAUUGUUUCGUACACAUACGCCCAAGACGGUCAACAUCCACACGGCUUCAGGCUCAUCAUUGAGCAUCCCAUUCAGAACACAGUCGGAAGGUCUGACUUAUGAACAAAUCAUUGCUCAACGCUCGACAUCUGCCCCGGGCCGUGCAAAGAAAUCAUACUAUGGGAUUGAUAUACACAAACUCAUGGACGAUGCGAAGACGCAGCGUCAACUCCAAGAUUUUGAAAAACAGAGAAAGGCGGCGGAAAUAGCUGCAGAGCCAACCCCGCGGGAAUCCACCCCGGCUGUGAGUGCAAGUUUCAAGGCAGUAACACACCAAAUGUGGACGGAGAAGUACCGCGCGAAGAAAUUCACCGAGCUUGUGGGUGAUGAACGUACACACCGAUCCAUCCUUCGGUGGCUCAAAUCUUGGGAUGAUGUGGUGUUCCCGGGCAGUACAAAGCCAAAAGGGGUGCGAGUCUUCGAUGACAGAGAACAAAAUCAGCAACAGCACAAGAAGAUCCUACUUCUGACAGGGCCUCCAGGACUUGGAAAGACCACUCUAGCACACGUGUGCGCCAGACAAGCUGGGUAUGAGGUGCUUGAGAUCAAUGCAAGUGAUGAUCGAAGCCGGGAUGUUGUCAAAGGCAGAAUCAAAGACGCCUUGGCCACAGAGACUGUGCGUGGGAUCAAAGAACAGGGUAAAGCUAGAAGAACCGGACGUCCUGUUUGUGUGGUAGUAGAUGAAGUCGACGGUGUAACAACAGGUUCGAGCUCGAGUGGAGGCGAAGGUGGCUUCAUCAAAGCCUUGAUCGAUCUGGUUCAGCUUGAUCAACGAAAUUCCGCGGCUGGCACGGGAGAUUUGGCCAAAGGCAGGAAGAGGAAGGGCGACAGAUUCAAGAUGCUCCGUCCAUUAAUCUUGGUGUGCAAUGACGUGUAUGCGCCGUCACUUCGCCCUCUACGGACCAGUGCCAUUGCCGAGAUCGUUCACGUCCGGAAAGCGCCAAUGGAAAAGGUCAUUGCCCGAGUGAAGGCGAUCUUCGAGAAGGAGCGCAUUGCGUGCGACAACGAUGCUGUCCGCCGACUUUGUGAGAAUGCCUGGGGCUUGGCGAUGCGAAAGCAAAGAGGGCCUGGCUCGAGAGGUUCGGGAGAAGGCGACAUUCGAGGCGUCCUGGUGCAAGCAGAAUGGAUCGCACACAAGCUGCGAGGACGUGAUGGAAUUCCUCGGCUGACCAGGCAGUGGCUCGAGUCUCAGCUUGGAGAUGCUCAAGCUUCACAGGGACUCGGACGUGGUAGUACCCGGGAGGUUGUUGAGCGAAUAUUUCUCGAAGGAGCUGGCCUGUCAAAUCUGCCUACAACACUCUCCGCCGACGAUGCAAGACUCGUGGCUGAUACCAACAUCCACCCUGUUGGGGUUUCAGACCUCCGCAAGCGAGCGGCGAUCCACGCGUUGAGGGAGAUGAUAGAUACCUGUGGGGAGCAUGACCGAGUCGUGAAUGAUUGCUUCGCCAUGUAUCCCACACGGCCGUACCAGGAUGAUGUCCAGCUCUCCAAGCCGAACGCCGGUUACGACUGGCUUCAUUUCCACGACUGCUUAUCCAGCCGAGUAUUCUCGGAUCAAGAAUGGGAACUGAUGCCGUACCUCAGUACAAGUGCUUGUGGCUUCCAUCAUCUUUUUGCAGCAGUCGACAAGGGUACGGCGUCAUGGAACGAAGAGAAGGCCGAAGAGGACGACGUUGAUGUACACCCAUUCGGCGGCCCAAGGGCAGAUUUCACUGCUUAUGAGGCAGAGAAACAAAACCGGACUCUGCUUACUGAGCUACGAUCCAACUUUUCGGGGUCGCUGUUGAGGAUGUUUAACACGAUCGACACGAUCGCUACCGAACUUGUCCCCAACGUGGGCAAAAUCCUUGCACCAGAUGUGAAGCCUGUUGUAAUUGGGGGAUCUGGUGGAUCUGCCAGUGUGGCCAGUGUGCGCAAAGAGUCGGAGAAGCUGUGCAUGAGACGCGCAGUGCAGACCAUGAUUGCCUUGGAUGUCUCGUUUGAAAAGGUCCGCGUCGAGAUCGAGGGUGGCGGCGCUCAUUCAAAUGGUGGCUAUGCUUACAGGAUGGAGCCACCUCUCGAUCUGCUCCUCAGCUUUCAUUUCGACAAAGCUACAAAAUCGACAGCCCCAACUCGAUAUGCAGUCCGACAGGUCCUUGACCAGGAGCUCAAGAAGGAGAAAUUGUUGCAGAGCUCACUCACAAGGAUGGCUCGGUCUGGAGUCCUUGAUACGAGAAAGCUAGGUGACCAAGACAAGGAAAAUCUCGGAUCAAUCAAAAACAGCAAACAAGCAAUGAUAAAAGACGCUGGUUCGAAGCGUGAUUUCUUUGGCCGGAUUAUCAACGAGACUCGACCAACAUCAUCGGGCAAGGGGGCUGUGGCACAGAUGACGACAGAAACAGCCCCUCACGAAGGCCGAGUAUGGGUAUCAUUCCAUGAGGGCUUUUCAAAUGCCGUUCGAAGACCCAUCACUCUAAAAGAGCUGAUGGACGGGUUCUGA